AUGAACAUGACCGAAGCGAGCAGAGGUGGGCUUUUUGGCUCAUGGGGAAUUUCACCAUCUCUGCCCAUUGUUCUAGUUGGCAUAUGCGUCCUUCUCUACCGACUCUAUAUCCGACAUUUCCCAAAGCCUAUUCCAGGCAACAUCCCUUACAAUAAACAGUCGGCAGGACGACUGAUUGGCGACUCACUGGAAAUCCGGCGGUACCAGAAAGCAGGGGAUUUCAGGCGUUUCUUUCAUGAUCAUAAUACGAAGCUGAAUACCUCUAUUUCUCAAGUCUUCAUGUUCCCAUACCCCAAGCCGUUUGUGCUUUUAACGGACUUUCGUGAAGCAUAUGACAUCUUGUCAAAGCGACACCGAGACUUUGAUAGAAGCAAGAGAAAUGCAGACAUCUUCGGAACUAUUGGAACAAACUUUCAUCUUGCCAUGCAGACACGAGAUCCACGAUUCAAGGGAAAUAAAGAGCUUGUACGGGAUUUGAUGACACCGGCUUUCCUCAAUGAGGUUUCUGCUGUACACAUUUACGAUAUCGCCACGGUGCUGGUUGAUAUGUGGUCAUAUAAAGUUGCUCAAGCUAAUGGACGCCCAUUUUCCGCAUACGAGGACCUUCACUAUGUUGCUCUUGACAUUAUUCUUGCAGCUGCUUUCGGUAUUCCCCUGGAGCAAUCAACAACUCAGAAGCAAUAUGAAUUCUUACAGCUCCAGCCAUCUAAAAUUAAAUCAGCAGGCUCCAAAGAUGAUCCAGUCACCUAUGACCGCACUCCUAUAGCUGAAUCCCGUACGGCUCUGAUGAAGGUGACAGGAACCGUGGUGGUGGGAUACAAAUCUCCAUUCCCGCGCCUCCAUCAUUGGAUUUUGAGAAACACAAUUUGGCGCAGAGAUUUUGCUCUGAAGGAGGCAUUUAUUACAGAUGAAAUCAACAAGGGUGUUCAGAGACUGACGUCGGAGAACACGCAAGAGAAUCGCAUGCGAUGUGCGAUGGACAUGAUACUCCUAAGGGAAUUUGGCUACGCGAAGAAGGAAGGGAGAAAGCCAAACAUCAACGCGCCUAGGAUGAGAGAUGAGUUAUUCGGUUACGUAGCUACCGGACAUGACACCUCGUCCACAACGCUCUCGUGGAUCACGAAAUUCUUGGCUGAUAAUCAGAAUGCCCAAGCCAAGCUUCGUCGUCAAUUACGGACGGCCUUUGCAGAAGCUCAUGCUGAAAAACGCCAGCCAACUGUGAUGGAGAUUAUCGAAAAGCCAGCACCUUUCCUCGACGCCUUCCUAGAGGAGUGUUUGCGAAUGACAAAAACUAUCCCCACCAUUUUACGUGAGGCCUUGACCGAUGUCACAAUACUUGGUCAUCUAGUUCCCAAAGGCACCAGUAUUAUGAUGUCGGAGACGUCACAAAGCUCAAAGGACCGUGUGGGAGAAUGGAAUACCGAGGAUAUAAGUCUCUUCCGUCCGGAAAGGUGGCUGCAACGAACACCGGGAGCCAAAUCUGACGGUGAAGGGGACACAGAAUUCGAAGGAAUCGAAUAUAACGCCAAUUCUGGGCCUUUUCUAACAUUUGGUGGUGGACCCCGAGGCUGUUUUGGAAAGAAACUAGCAUACAUGGAACUGCGAAUUGUGAUGACCAUGUUGGUAUGGAAUUUCGAAUUUCAGUCUUGCCCUGCGGAACUCAGCUCUUACGAAGGCAUUGACGCAGCGACUGUUGUGCCAAAACAAUGCUACGUGAGAUUGAAGCAGCUGUUAUAG